AAAAAGUUAGUAAGGUUUGCAGAAAGGGAAGCGCUAAGGGUUGGACGGCUUGGGAGUUUUAUAAGUAUCAAUUUACAAGUUCUAAGUUUUGUUUCCAGAGUUAGUUCGUGAAUAUGACAAAUUCCACAUCCACAAUCAGUUGUAUAUGUCAGUGCUGAGUAGGAGUAAUUUUUAGAAAAUGAAGAUUAAAAACGAAAAUCGUUUGCAGAACCUUGCUGUGUGUCUUCUAGCGGUAAUCCUAUGUAUCGUGAUUCAGAAUUCGGAAUCUGCGGCUUGCCACGGCUGUGCUUCGGGAUCAAAGUGUGACUGCAGUGGAGUGAAAGGAGAGAAGGGUGAAAGGGGUUUUCCAGGAUUACAAGGCCAGCCUGGGUUGCCAGGCUUCCCUGGACCAGAGGGUCCCAUCGGCCCCAGAGGGGAGAAGGGUGAAGAGGGCCCUCUAGGGCCAGGCGGACCCAAGGGAAUCAGGGGGCCACCCGGGCUGCCAGGAUUCCCAGGAACUCCAGGACUGCCAGGUUUGCCUGGACAGGAUGGCGCCCCAGGUCCGAGAGGAAUAGCAGGAUGUAAUGGAACAAAAGGUGACAUAGGACUUCCAGGAAGCCCAGGUUUUCCCGGUUUACAGGGCCUUCCGGGUUCUCCUGGUCUGCAAGGGUUAAAGGGAGAACCCGGAGAAGUGAUCGGAUCAAAUGUUUUCGGUCAGAAGGGGGAGCCGGGUCUGCCCGGGCUUCCGGGGACGCCGGGUGUCCAAGGUCCAGUCGGCUUCAUAGGCCCUACUGGCCCUCCUGGGCCUCCUGGCCUCGAGGGUCGUCCAGGGCCACCUGGUCUCCCAGGACCGAAGGGUAACAUGGGCUUAAAUUUUCAAGGUCCUAAGGGUGAAAAGGGUAAUCCCGGACCACCCGGCCCACCCGGGCCCAAAGGGAUCAUCAGUGAGCAGAAGAAGCCCGGAGAUGGGGAGGUCCAGAGAGGGGACAAAGGUGACCAGGGAGAACCUGGCCAGCCUGGCCUCCCGGGACCUCCAGGACCUUCAGGUCCUCCUGGUGGUCCAAAGGGUGAGAAGGGGGAGCCAGGGGAACCGGGCAAGAGGGGAAAGCCAGGAAAAGAUGGUGAUCCUGGGCCAAAAGGAUUCCAGGGUCCUCCUGGUGGUUCCGGAGUUCCAGGGCAGCCGGGCUUCGAUGGCGAUCAGGGAGAAAAGGGCGAGCGUGGUUUCCCAGGGCCUCCUGGUGUGGUCAUCCCUGGAUCAGAUUUGAACGGUGUUGGUACAAAAGGAGACAUUGGAUUUCCUGGAACCCCGGGAAGAAAGGGGGAAAGAGGGCCACCAGGUAUAUCGGGCCCCGCUGGGCAGCCUGGCCUUCCAGGUUCUUCACUUCCAGGCCCCCCUGGCCAACCUGGCUUCCCUGGGGAAAGGGGACUGAAGGGCGAUCAAGGGCAACCUGGAGUAUCCCUCCCUGGGCCACCUGGACUCAGUGGGCGACCAGGGCCCCCUGGACCACCUGGGCUUCCGGGACCCCCAGGCAGCAUGACCGGUGUGGAGUGCAAAGAUGGGCCCCCAGGUUUGCCAGGACAGCCUGGUCCCCAAGGGUUUCCAGGAGAGUCUGGACUGAAAGGUGAAAAGGGGGAUACCUGCUACAACUGUUUUGGUGUUGACCCACGUCCAGGGCCUCCUGGACCCCCAGGACCCUCUGGUCUUCCUGGAUCUAGUGGGUUGCCUGGACCCAAAGGAGACAGAGGCUUCCCAGGUGGAUCAGGCCCAAUGGGACCUCCUGGUUUGCCAGGUGGCCCAGGACUUCCUGGAAUCCCAGGUAUGAAGGGCGAUCCUGGUGAUGCCAUCGCUCUCCCAGAUAUGAAGGGUGAUAAAGGAGACCCAGGAUUCCCAGGGCUCCCUGGUCCACCUGGCCAAGAGGGAAGACCAGGCCGAGACGGCUUGCCUGGAUCACCCGGACCUAAAGGAGCCCCUGGAGCCCUGUUGGUGAAAGGAGAGCGAGGUUCUCCAGGUGACCCAGGCUUUCAAGGUGUACCCGGUGAGAGAGGACCCCAGGGGCCCCCAGGGUUUGGACCCCCAGGUCCUCCAGGGGAGAAAGGAGUCCAGGGAGUGUCUGGGCGUCCAGGAUCCCCAGGAACACCAGGACCUAAAGGAGAACCAGGUCAAGCUCUCUCUGAAAAGGGACUGCCUGGACCAAUGGGGCCACCUGGAGACACUGGUCUGUCGGGACCUCCAGGUAAUCCUGGGCAACCAGGGCAGCCUGGUUUCCCCGGUUUGCCAGGAUCUAAGGGUGACCCAGGCCUUCCUGGCAUUGGCCUGCCUGGACCUCCAGGGCCCAAAGGGUUCCCUGGACCUCCGGGCCUGCCUGGAUCAGCUGGAAGCCCAGGAAGACCUGGUAAUGAUGGACGUCCAGGCCUGCCGGGCAACCCAGGGUCCAAAGGAGAGCCAGGGUUUGGACUUCCUGGUCCGCAGGGCCUGCCAGGACCUCCUGGGAUGAAAGGAAUUCCAGGACCGAAAGGGGAUUCUGGGUUCCCCGGUACCCCUGGCCAGCCAGGACGCCCUGGCUUUGAUGGCACCCCAGGGCAAAAAGGGGACUCUGGGCUUUCUGGUCAGCCAGGACUCCGUGGCCCUCCAGGACCUCCAGGAUUUGGUAUCCAGGGACCCCCUGGCCCCCCUGGCCCCCCAGGAGCUGUGGGUCCUCCAGGCUUCCCGGGAAUAAAUGGAGAGAAAGGAGACCCUGGACCCCCGGGACUGGAUAUUCCUGGUCCCCCAGGGGACUUCGGUAGCCCAGGAUCUCGUGGGUCUCCGGGAGUCCCCGGCCCUCCGGGACUGCCUGGCCAGUCUGGCCGAGACGGGUUACCAGGGCUGCCUGGUCAAAAGGGAGAGAUGGGUGUCAUGGGGACCCCAGGCCCCCAGGGCCCUCCUGGCAGUACUGGCCCCUCUGGAUUCCCAGGAUCCAAAGGCGAUGCUGGGUUCCCCGGUCAACCAGGAAGCCGUGGGCCUGAAGGAUUUAAGGGAGAUAAGGGUGAUGCUGGCCUGCCAGGCCCUCCUGGACCCGUCAUCCCAGCAGCAGAUUUGAAGGGACAGAGGGGGGAUCCUGGGCCACCAGGGAUCAAUGGAGUUCCAGGGCAAAAGGGGAUUCAGGGUCUCCCAGGAGACAGCGGUCCACCAGGACUGGACGGCAGGCCAGGGCCACCAGGACUCCCAGGUCCAAAAGGAGAAGCAGGGAUACCAGGACAGCCAGGAAGUCCGGGCUUCCCCGGGACAAAGGGCAGCAUGGGAGAAAUGGGCUUUCCUGGUCCCUCUGGUGUCAAAGGUUCCCCUGGUCUGCAAGGUCCACCGGGCCAGUCUGGCCAGCCCGGAACCCCUGGGUUCAAGGGAGAUAAAGGUGAUCCUGGACCUCCAGGAAUCGGAACCCCAGGUUUUCCUGGGGCCAAGGGAGAGUCAGGCCAGCCAGGUUUCCCUGGUCUCCCAGGAACAAAAGGCUCAUCAGGGACUCCAGGACUGCCAGGUCUCCCAGGAAGCCCGGGCAUCAAGGGGGAUCCAGGACUGCCAGGAUUUCAAGGUACAAGAACUCCUGCAGGGAUCCCCCAACCCAAUGGAAUGAAAGGUCUUGAUGGGGCCCCAGGCAGUCCAGGCCUUCCAGGGCCCCCAGGUCGUCUAGGAAAUCCAGGCGGCCCUGGGUCCCCUGGGCCUCCAGGAGACAAGGGCCAAGCAGGUCGAGACGGCAUCCCUGGUCCUGCCGGGCUGAAGGGCGAUCCAGGUCAGCAAGGAAUAGGACGCCCUGGUUCCUCAGGCCUUCCUGGAUUGCCAGGUCCAAAGGGAGAUGUGGGUCUACCAGGUCUUCCAGGUAGCCCUGGAUUUCCUGGUACCAAAGGAGAGGCAGGCUUCCCGGGUUUGCCUGGGCCUCCUGGGAAUACGGGUCCUCCAGGUCCCCCUGGUCUACCUCAGCAGGGUCCCAAAGGUAACCCUGGCCCCCCAGGCCCACCAGGGAGAAGCGGGCCCCCUGGCCCUGAAGGCCCCCCGGGCCCUGCUGGGAUCGGAGGGGUGAAGGGCGAGAAGGGAAAUCCCGGCCAGCUGGGCCUGCCAGGACUUCCAGGCCAGAAGGGGGAGAUUGGGCCGUCUGGAUUUCCGGGUACACCUGGUACCCCAGGCCCCAGCGGUGAGAAAGGAGAUUCUGGCUUUCCGGGAGUUCCCGGAUUCCCAGGUUUCAAGGGAUCGGCUGGGGAACCUGGAUCUUCUGGACCUCCAGGAGAUAAAGGAGAAAAUGGCCCUCAAGGUCCUCCAGGGCUGCCUGGUCCUGUUGGUGCUCCCAUUGUGGUGAAGGGCGAGCCGGGUCUCCCAGGCCCUCCCGGACAGCCAGGACCUCGUGGGCCUCAAGGACCGCCGGGUUUGGACGGCUUAACAGGUCAGCGCGGGAUCCCAGGAGACCCAGGUACUGAAGGCCCCCCUGGAUUCAACGGUCCUCCAGGACGCAAAGGAGAUACAGGCCCUGCUGGACAACCCGGGCAGCGAGGUUUCCCAGGACCCCCGGGACCUGACGGACAGCAGGGUCUUCCCGGACCCCCGGCUCCUGCCUCAGUGGCGCAUGGGUUCCUUAUCACCCGUCACAGUCAAAGCACUGAGGUGCCCCCGUGCCCACCUGGCACCUCUGAGAUAUACGAUGGCUACUCCCUGCUGUACGUACAAGGAAAUGAGAGGGCUCACGGCCAGGACCUGGGGACAGCGGGGAGCUGCCUGCGUCGCUUCAGCACCAUGCCCUUCAUGUUCUGCAACAUCAACAACGUCUGCAACUUCGCCUCCCGGAAUGACUAUUCCUACUGGCUGUCCACCCCCGAGCCCAUGCCCAUGAGCAUGGCCCCUGUCACAGGGGAGAACAUCAAGCCCUUCAUCAGCAGGUGCGCAGUGUGUGAAGCUCCUGCCAUGGUGAUUGCUGUUCACAGCCAGACCAUCCAGCUGCCUACUUGUCCCCAGAACUGGGAGCCGCUGUGGAUUGGAUACUCCUUCAUGAUGCAUACAAGUGCUGGGGCAGAGGGCUCAGGACAAGCCCUAGCAUCACCUGGGUCCUGUCUGGAGGAGUUCCGCUCAGCACCUUUCAUCGAAUGCCAUGGCAAGGGCACCUGCAAUUACUAUGGCAACUCCUACAGCUUCUGGCUGGCCACAGUGGAAAUGAAUGAGAUGUUCAGGAAGCCAACGCCCGAUACUUUGAAAGCAGGGAACCUGCGAACACGGGUCAGUCGCUGCGUCGUGUGCUUGAAGAAGACGUAACGCUGCAGAGGCUGCUGGGACAACAGGCAGAAUUCCAGUGAUGCAUUGUCUUCCAGUUCAACUCUAGUGGUGCUACUGUGCGACACAGCACAAACUUUUGAAACAAACUAAAAUGAGUACCUCAGAAAAAGUGCCAUGGCAGAGCUGUGUAAAUGGUGCGUUUUCUCAGACAGACUGAGAGGAUUGAUCCCCUUCCUUUAUCUUCAUUUUUAUUACUAUUUUGCUCGUUACACAUUCGAAAAAGCCAAGUGCGUUGGGGUUUUUCACAAGUGGAAUUGUUUCCAUUACCAAAUCAGCACUUUGCCUUU